AAUCUCCCUUUCCUUGUUUUCUCAAACUUUUGUUUGUAUGUUGUUUGAUAUUAUUUCUGUCUUAAUGUAUACUUAGUACGAAUGAACGCGGGCAGCAUGCACUACAGCCCACAGACAAGAGCAACACACACUGCUGCUGGAGUUCCUCUGAGCCCGGGGUGUGACGUCACUCUCCCAGAAUGCAUGGCUUCCAGCACGGCGCCCAGUAGUCCAGGCCUGGACUCUAAUAAACAUCCUUCUAAAUUGUCCCAAAAUGUCGAUGUCGAGGCGAAACGGAUGCUGGACGAAGAGUUGGACCGAGGCACAACUGGUCUGCAAAGAUGUUGAACUGCUUCUGUGAUUCAGCUGCUGUGACUGUGGUGUCCAGGUCUGCAGAAUACUAAAAUAGACUGUGGGCCAACAACAAGAGCUCUUCUCAAGAAACACAGCAAUCCAGUCAGGGCUUCCAAAGCUCCUCAUCACCGCAGCCCUUUUGGGGUUGCUAUGGCAGCUGCUGUCACAGAAACCAAGUGCUGGACACAGGCUGGCCCUAGCAAGGCAGGACAGACCACUACUCAUUGCCACAAGAAACCAUCAGACUCUCAACAAGCAGCACUUAGCAUUAAUUCUAGCACUCUAAGUUAACAAGAGGACCAGCAGUGUACAGGCUGAUGGUCAGCUGUCUGGAGAAUCCUCAUGAGUCUUGUCUGUGUGUGCUCAGGCUCUUGGCCAGAGUCCUUGUGCAGUAGCAGAGCCAGCACUGUUCCUAGACCAUGUUCCACCAGCAGGACCAUCUGAAGAGCCAGCUGCAGGAGAGCCACCCAGCCAGCAGGCAGCUCUUUCACUGCCAGGAGUGUGGGAAGCAGUACAACACUCAGCUGGGGUAUAGACGCCACCUGGUGGCAGCCCACAGCGCUUCAACUGGCCUGUCCUGCCCAGAGGGGGCACCACCCCUCCUGGAGCACCUUGGCAGCCACACAGACAGGCCUCCACCGUCAGAGGGCAAUGCUAAUGCUGCUGUGCCUGUGAGAGAGAGGAAGUACUCGUGUGAGCGUUGUGACCGCCGUUUUUACACUCGUAAAGAUGUGCGCCGUCAUGCCGUGGUGCAUACUGGUCGCCGUGAUUUCCUGUGCCCCCGUUGUGCACAGCGCUUUGGCCGUAGAGACCACCUAACCCGCCACUUGAAGAAGAGUCAUGCCCAGGAGUCAGGAUUGAUGCCAUCCUGUGCACCCAGUACUCCUGUGGCUACGUCGACUCCUGCCACCCAGUGCCCAGUGAAGGAGCCCAGCCCUGUGACCUCUGACAUGGGCUCCAUCCCCAAGGAGCCCAUGGAGACAUUCUCCAGGGAUAUGUACAACUCCUAUCCCAUGGCCAAUCCUGUCCCUGGGAUGGGCCACCCGCAUGGCCUCAUGCAGGGCACCUUACCCUCUACCAUGGGUGUGGGUCGCCACAUGGCCCCCCAGCCUUCUCACCCCCACCACCAUCACCUGCAGCCUCCGGCAGCUCCGCAGCAGCAGUCCUAUAGCAACAUGUCCAGGUACCAGCACGGAUCUACCUCAUAUCCUCGUGCCGAUGUGGACAGUUUCCUGCUGGACCUGCAGAGUGCCCCCCCUCCUCACCUGAGUGCUGUCAACUCCUCUACCUCCACUUCUGCCUCCCCCCAGAGGGAGGUGCUGAAUGAAGGGGUGGGUUCUGGUGGUGACUCCCACCUACUGUGCCGGAGCCCUGCUGUCUCUUCAGCCGAGCUGUCCUGCACCACCAACAUGGACCUCGGGCCGCUGCUGGGUUUCCUGCCUUUCAGCCUGCCACCCUACAGCCCUCAUAUGGGGAUGGGAGGGUUAGUGAUGAGCUAUCCACCUGCUACCACUACCACUUCCUCUCCAUCCUCUUCCACUGGGCUGUCCUCGCAGGCACCAGGGCCUUUCACUUUCUUCCAGCCUCCACAGGCUCAUGUACCCCAGGGCCCUGGAACCCACAACCACAGCCAACUACCUCAGGCAUACAGCAGUCCUGCUAUGAGCACUUCCAGCUCCCUACCUCACUACUAUCAGGCCUUUCAGCAGUAAGCAACUCUGUCUUCACAAAUGUUGCCUUUGUCAUGCUCAUGGAUUUUUAAUGAAAAGGGUAAAACAUGAGAAUAGCGUCUUUUAUUGUAUAAAAAAGUUUAACUUUCGCUUGUCAGUGCUUAUAAUGCUAAUCUUUGUAGAUUUUUUUUUUUUUGUUGAACACAACAAAUCACCUCAUCAGUAUUACCUCAUAAUUUAAAAAGGAAGCUUGAACGUUUUGAGGAAAUGUGAUGGUCUCACUGCAACCAAAACAGAGUACCUCAACCAACAGUAGAUGCACUUAACACACUUGUCACAGGUGCUGCAUAAUUCUGAGUCAUUCAGUUUUAGGGUAUUAUAGAAGACACGACCAUGUGAAGAAAUAUUUGAUCUGGAUAGGUUUGAAAAUUUAUUUGAUCAUUUGUAGGAAAAUGUCACCGUCUUAGUGCAGCUGAUGUGAGUUUUCCUCAUUUCAUUAGAGUGGAGCAUAAUUUACCUUACAGAGGGAGAGAACAGUACUCUGUUAAAGAUGAGUACAAGCUAAAAUGUUAUAAAUGCAAACUCUGCAGCACUGUUUGCAUAUGUUAGCUAGUGCUUAAUGCACUAAAACAUUAAUUAAAAAGCUUUUCCAGUCAGUGAUCCAACAGCACACCAUCUGCUAUGUCUGAGUUCAACAGCAGAUGAAAAUAUAAUUUCAACCAUUCUGAUUUUCAAGUGCGCUAAAUGUACCCAACAUCGAGAGUGAGGCUGUGUUAGGCCUUUUUUUUGUCUGUCCAUGUUAUCACCCACUUGAUGUUGUAUGCUGUAAAAGUGUAAGAGAGAAACUCUAAAGCAGGGAUUCCUUAUAGGAAGACGUUUUAAAUGCAGUUACCUGAGAUCACAGCAGCACAGUAACACUUAAUGCUACAUGGAUAUAAUUUCCUUUUUUGCUGUAUUAUGUAGAAUCACAUAAUUAAAUGCACUUAAUGUUUCAUUUUCAUAAAUACAGGUCAUUAGAAGUAAAAAAAAAAAAAAAGCUGCUGCUUUCUAAAGCUAUUUUCAAACAUGAACUGAAGAUAAUGCCCAGAAAAUUGGGGUUUGGACAUUUUCCAGAGUUUUAAGUUGUACUGCUCAUAUAAAGUAAUCAAAAUAUUCAGGAGACGGUCAGUUGUCAUAGUAUUGGCUUCUGUGUAGGUCCUUUAUCAGCGGUUACAGGAUCCUAAUGCAUGCAAAAUGCUGAUUCAAACAAUUUCUCAAUUAGUGAGUAAAAAUACUUAUGUGAACAGAAUAUUUUUUUGUCAGAUCAAAUUUUAAGUUGGCUCCAACAGUGAGGAACCAAUGAGAUAAAGUGAUUGCAGUUUCUGCCACCUUCACCUGCAUGCUCAGUACACAUGCCUCGUUAAUCGCAAGGAACGAUUUGAGAUUUGUUAACCAAUCGGUAUUUCUUCUCCUCCGUAAGCUGGGGUACUUGAGAACAGUGAUUCCCAAAGACUGGGUCAGGACCCACUGAUGGGUCAUGGGGGAUUUUUUUUGGUUCCUUAAACAAAUUUGCAGGGUUUUUCAACCCUUUUAGUAAAGAUUUAUUUGUAUACGUUUUAAGUAACAUGCAUAAAAUGAAGUUGUAAUUCAUUUAUUAAUGUAAUUUACCAAUUCAAAUUCUGAUAGUGGGUGUUACAGAUUAGUUGCUACUUUAUGCACAAAUUGGCUCUUGUCAUGAUUCAUAUUGUGAUUUGUGUCACAAUAGUUUGCUUUUUGUUUUUUAAAGUGGGUCCCUAUGUAGAAAGUUUGGGAAACACUGCUUUAGAAGGGCAUUGUCAUCAGGUAAAGAAAUAGUCUAAAUAAGUGCCCCCUUUCCCCUGUUCAUUUCAAACUGAACCACUGGAUCUGCGCAGGCUGCAUCUGUAAUCUGCUUGCUUUGAAUUUCUGACUUCAGAAUAUGUUCUAAAAAGGUCUUCCAGAGCAUGUGUUCCUUUUUUAUCUUCCCUUCUCUGAUGUCACUAUUGGCUGUGGUGUUGGAUGAAACAGGUUCUGAUCUUCUCAGGACUUAAAAAGGUCGACUCCCUUCUCUCGUCCUGACCGGCAACGGCCAGAGAAGCAGGAGUUGAGGAGCAGCUGGUCUGUUGAGAUUCAGGGUUCCUUUAACAGAGUCACACUGUAGCAUGGAGGGAAUAAUGGAUCCUACCCAGCUGCCCUCUGGUACACUCCACUCCGGAAAUUGAUCAAGAGUAGUGGAGAUGUCAGAGGCCUCAAGCUUUGAUGAGAUUGGAAAGAAGAUAUUUAAAGAGUGACUGAGUCAGAUGAUCUUUUUCUCUUCUGCCUUAAUUCCACAAACUGUAUGUUGAAGGACUUCUCACAAGGAUUGUAACAAGCCUCAAUGUGUUGCACCGAUGUCUUAAAAUGCUACUGUUGUGCCUCUUUGAGAGUGUCUGAUCUCUCUUAACUGGGUUUAAGCACUUACGACAUUUUAAAAAAAGAUGAAUUUGACCUGUACCUCAAACAUGCAGAACUGUGGGUUUCUGUUUCUAUUUUGUAUUUGCUUUUAGUUGUUUUGGCUCUUAUUUGUGCCAUUAGAUUGAAACUAUAAAGGUAGAUUUUAUGAAUCUAAACUUUUUAUCUAGUGGCAGACAUUGACGUUAUAAUUCAGUCAGACUUUCUACCUCUACUUUGUCAUGUAUCUUGCUGCAAAAUUCAUUAGAACUAGUUUUAACCUGUAACAGUUAGGCAGUUUUUUUUUGUUUUUGUUUUUUACCACUGGUGAAGUUGUGGGAUAUGUUCAGAAAUCAACUUUGAAGGACUGGGUGCACACUGAAAACUUAGCAGUGUGUUCCGGAGUCAAACAGUUCUCUGUUCUUGCCUUUAAUGAUAUUUCUACUUAUUUACUACCUCAGAGAAGAGACAGGCAACUGUCCGUCUAACUGCAGAGAAAAUGACUGUAUAGUUUUAUUUUUGUCAGAACAAGCACAUGUACUUGAUGAUAGCUCCAUAGUUUUUUACUGAGGUUAGCUCAACAGAAUGAUGUUUAGCUUAAUAAGUACCACAUUAUGUGUCACUUCAUGUUGCCUUUGUUGUGCUAUAACGCUGUGUCUCUCUCUGCCUCUUCAGUCUGGAAUGUUUACUGUGUUUGAGAAACUUGGCCUCAGUCUAAAGGCAUUCCACAGCUGCCUGAUGGAAUGCUCUGACAAUACUGAUGGUACUGUCGAUUCCCACUGUUGGCACUUCACCUGAAAGUAGCGUCGUUUUUACUAUGAUGAGGGAUGCAUUUUAUGAAGAAUGGUGUUGGAAACUUUUGACUUCAAGCUUUUCCCGUGUUGGUGUCUUAGUGUUCGAGUGUUUUGUGUUACAUAUCAUCAUGCAUUUUGCAUACCUUUUGUUUUAUUUACUUUUCAAUCAGACCAAACUGUAGGCUCAGGAAAUGAAUUUCCUACUUCGUAUAGCACAAAAGUUACUGCAGUACUUUCAAAAGUAUCCAAUUACCGUCCCCCGUUAUCAGUUUUCAGUUGGUAUGAAAUGCAGCCUUUGGACAUCAGAGGCUUAAGGAUGUUUCCUCUCGUCGUAACAGAUAUAUUACCAGACUUUGAGUUUUCAUGAAGGCCCCAUAUUGGUGGACUUUGAUUUGAGUCAUUGUAAACUGGUGGGGGCACGACUUUGGGAAUAUGCACUACUUAACCAAAGUGUCUGGAUUGUGCAAUCGAUCACACGGUGGACAUUCUGUUACUGCUUUUUUACUUGGGUUUUCUUAGCAUGGAUUCUUAGUGCCUCCCCAAAAUUGCCAUUACACAAGUCGCCACGCCUCACACAAGCUUGUAAGGGCAGGUUCGCUGCAUCCUGGGCUGGGUGCUAUCCAGAAUUACUGUAUGGGAAGUGUUUUUUUUCACUGUGUCAGAUGUAAUGGUGAUGCCAGACCAGAUGCCAGGUAGAGAUGGUCAUUUUGGAUGGGGAUGUCAGAAUACUGAUCUUCGAACAAUAACAUGUUUUCAUUUAAUCUAUUUAGGGCAGCAAUAAUUAAUUGAUUAUUAAUUGACAAUUGGAUGUUUCAGCUUCUUAAAUGUGAGCGUUUUGUGGUUUCUUUGCUCUAUAUAGUGAAGAAAACAUUAAAGCUGAAUAAUGUUGGUUUGUGGAUAAAACAAGACAUUAGAGAACAUCAUUUCCAGGUUUGGCAAAUAUUUGAGUGGCCAGACACUCCUCCUUUGUGCCACAACAUUAAAAACAUUCCAGACUGACUGUGGAGAGGGGGACACAUGACCAGUAUUCAUUUCAUUAAACCAUCAUUCACUUUUAUCCUGUUGCCUGCACAUAGGUCGGCUCUGAGAACCACUCUGAUGCAGGUUCCUUUGAUUUUUAACUCCGACAAGUUUUGCUUUAGGCGUUUGUAUUAUCACUUGAUAGACUAGAAUACAGUGAAAAGGAGUUGGCGUUUUCUAAUUAUCUGAACAUCAAGUAAUACAAAAUAAAAAUGAAUAUUUAGAUUUC